UGCAACUGGAGCGUUUCCGAGACAAACCCAGUAAGCUCUAUACCAUGGAGGAUUACAUAGUUUCGAUUUUUUGGUGAUUAGAUGUAACUCAGCAUAGUGGGCAUUGAAGCAAUGCGUAGAGAGAUCUCGUUCCUUGUUCAGCCGCGAUGUCUGCUUCUCUUCGUUGUUCUCUCAAUUUUCCUUAUUCUCGCAUUAUCUGGCUCCAAACGGCCAGAGGAGAAAGAAGAACAGCCUGAAAUUACACAGAGAGUAUUCUUGGAUGUUGAUAUUGACGGACACCGUUUAGGAGGAGGAUGUAGGCAGUUAAGAGCAACAACUUAUCAUGUGCCGUAUAUUAUAAUUUCUGCAGGUAGGAUCGUGACUGGAUUAUAUGGCCAAGUUGUACCAAAAACUAUGGAAAAUUUUAGAGCAUUAUGCACAGGGGAGAAAGGAAAGAGUGCCUAUGAAAUAAAACUUCAUUACAAAGGAACACCAUUUCAUCGGAUAAUAUCUGGUUUCGUGAUUCAGGGUGGAGACAUUGUUCAUUACGUUGGAAGAGGAUUUGAAUCUGUUUAUGGUGGCACCUUUCCUGACGAGAAUUUCAAGAUAAAACAUUCACAUGCUGGUGUGUUGUCUCUGGUGAAUUCAGGUCCUGAUUCCAAUGGCUCACAGUUUUUUAUCACCACAGUGAAGGCCAGCUGGUUGGAUAGAGACCAUGUUGCCUUCGGCAAGGUUGUUGAAGGCAUGGAUACUGUGUUUGCAAUUGAAGGGGGUGCUGGAACCUACAGUGCGAAACCCAGAAAGAAGGUAGUGAUUGCAGACUCUGGAGAGAUACCCAAGAGCCAGUGGGAUGAGGAAAUAUGAACUUCCUUGUUACGAUGACAACAAAGUAUUCCUUGAGUUAAAAAUAUGUUUUGAUAUCUGUUUUAUAUUAAAUUUCCUGUGUAAGAUGUCUAGGAAAUCUCACUAGUCAGUUCUCCCCGCUCCCCCAGAUGAAAGUCUUGUGCGCAUUUUUUUUCUUCUUCGUCUUUUUUAAUAUUUUGAUUAGUUUUGUGUAUUAUAGUUCACAGCUUAGAUUAACACAAAGCUUUAUUUUGUAGGGAAAGGGAAAGAAAUUAAAAUAGAUUAGAUCCACCCACUUCUUUA